CGGCGGAGCAGCUGGUAGGAAAUGGAGCCCGGCGGUGAGUCAGGCGGGAGGCCGGCGGCCGGGGGCUCCGGGGUCCUCGUCGUCUCCCCUUGCAGGGGGGCUGCUGCUGUUGCUGCCCCAGGCCGGGACCAGGAGCAGGCUCGCCCGGAGGGGGCUGCCAGGUCUUGAAGAAGGGGCUCUGCCAGAAUCGAGUGCUUCUGGGGUCUCUGCCGCUGGCGGAGUGCCAAUGGGAGAAGAUUCCUGCUGCCAUUGCCACUCUCUGUUUGAAAGGUCCUGUGGAACUGUCCCACUGCUGCUGCUGCUUCCGAGUUGCCCUGUUUGCCCGCGAGGACUUUGAGGAAGCCAGGAGGCAGAACUUGCGCCGCAGCCCGUGAUGGUGGGAGCCAUUCCCAGGCAGCCACGCCGCUUCUGGGGAGUGCCAGGGUGGAAGGUCUCGCCUGCCGGCUACGCCAGCCACCGCCUGCUGCUGGAGGGGGAGCCCAGGGUGCCCAGGAGGAGGACGAGGGACCCUUGGCAGAGGGAUGCGGCCAUGAAGCACACUUCAUAGCAGGGGCUUUCUCCAGGCUCCCAAAGGCCCCGCGGCACUUUAGCACCCUUCCCUGCCCCAUCGCACCCCAUGCGGCACAUCAAUGCAGAGUCGGCCCUCCCCCAGGAGCGCAGUGCAGGCACCAGCCGGGAGGAGGAGCAGGAGGAAGAGGAGGAGGCGGAGGAGGAAGGGCCCCUCCCCUGGCGCCGCCACCGCGGGGUCCUGAUGGGCUGCGGCCCCGCGGAGCUCGCCUGCCAGAAGGUCUACCAGGUCUCCAUCUUCUCCCCGCCGGCCGGCUGCUCCCCGCCUCCGGAACAGAGGGCUCCCGGGAGGCAGCCCAUCAAGCGCCCCUGCCCGGAGCCCCAGCGGGGGCCGGAGGGGGCCGAGUGGGACGCCAAGAGGGGCCGCUGGGAGGAGGGGGACGAUGACAUUGAGGAUGGGCUGCUGGUGGACGAGCUCUCCCUGGGGGGUGCCGCCCAGCACUUCUCCCACAGCGGCCUGCGCGUGGUGGAGCACCGCCCCGAGAGCAGCCCCCCCAGGGCACGAGGGGCCACCCCAGCGCAGGCCCCGCACACCCCUUGCGACACUUUGCACACGGCGAAGAGAGGCUGCGCCCCCGCCUCGCCGGACCCUGGCCCUGCCGGGGGGCAGGAGAAGAACGGGGGCCCCAACCGCCUCCUGGGCCCUGGCUUGCACAACCUUGCACAUCAGCCCCAGCUGGGGGACGCGCCCCUGGGGGCACCCGGAGGGCACCUAGAGCCUGGCACUCCGCCAGCGGCUCGAGGCUCGGAUGCCAACGGGCUGGGCUCUGCCGAAAAGACUCCACACCCCAGCUGCGGGCUCCUUGGCGGAGGGACCGGCUGCUGCCCAGCGAAGCGGAAGUUGCUGCCCUCCUCGGCGGAGGGGGCGGCUGAGGCGGGGGGCUCCGAGGACGAGGGGCACCCCCCUGCCCGGAAGAAGAAGAAGAGGGCCCCGCCCUGCCCCCCCGUGCCAGCCUCCUGCCGCAGUACCGACGCCAAGGGCGCCCCUUUCUGGAACCACCUGUUGCCGGUGGCCAAGGGCUCGGCCAACAGCGGAUCUGCCGGCUGCCAGCUGAAGGCUGGGCUGCGCCUCAAACAGAGACAUCUCCGCAGCAGCCUGCCCAGGAGCCCAGCGGGCUGCAGGCCCCCCAGCGCCACCCCCUGGGCCACCACCUCCACCAGCCGUGCCCUGCUGGGGAACUUUGAGGAGUCCAUCCUGAAGGGGCGCUUCCCGCCGGCCGGCCGGAUCGAGGGCUUCACGGCGGAGAUCGGGGCCAGCGGCUCCUACUUCCCGCAGCAUGCCACCCUCCCCGUGGAAGUCACCUAUUUCGACAUAGCGGAGCACAGCGCCCCUUCGCCUUUCCUGGGAGUCAUUGAUUUGGAAUCCUUGGGGAAGAAGGGCUACAGCAUCCCCAAAACGGGCACCAUCCAAGUGACCUUAUUCAACCCCAACAAGACGGUGGUGAAGAUGUUCUUGGUGACCUACGACUUCCACGACAUGCCCGCCAACCACGUCACCUUCCUGCGCCAUCGCAUCUUCCUGGUUCCCGUUGGCGAGGAGGUGGAGCAAGGCCCCAGCCCAGCCCAGAGCGAGGGGCCCAGAAGGGUCCUCUGCUACCUGAUGCACCUGAGGUUCCACAGCUCCAAGUCGGGGAAGAUCUACCUGCACGACAACAUCCGCCUGCUCUUUUCCCGCAAGUCGAUUGAGAUUGAUUCGGGGAUCCCCUACGAACUGAAGUCCUUCACCGAACUCCCGCGCAACCCCUGCUACUCCCCCCGAGCCUGAGGGAGGACGGAUGGACGUGGGGAGAACCCCACCCGGAGCCAGCAGGGCUUUGGCAGAUGAAGAAGGAAGAGGAAAGGUCCUGAGUGCGAAAGAUGAACUGGGCUCAUAGUUUUUUUGUCUGCCUCGAGAGAGAGGCCUGCGCCCAGCCUGGAUCUCAAAUGCAGUGCUUCUCAAGCUCUAGUUGCGGUGCCCUGUGCGGUUUGGCAGGGGGUGGGGGGCAGGAGGAGCCGAAGGAAGGGGCCCGGCCGAAGGAGGGGCAGGGUGGUGUUGGAACAGGGGUGGGGUGGGGAGAGACAAAGAGGGGCUGGGGCUCUGAGAUUAAGAUUUGGGGCCAUCGGAGUGGAGGGCAGGGUGAGACAUAUAUAUGUGUGUGCGUGUGUGUGUGUGUUGGAAGUACGAAGCACUGAAAGGGUCAUGAGGGGGCGAGAGGGAAGGAAGACGGAAGAUGCAGCCUUGACCAUCCAGGCAGAGGCCUCCAGCUGCUUCACGGGCCGCCACCUGAGUGGAAAUGUCUCACGUUGGCAAGCAGAGGAUGGAGUCGCGGAUGCGCUGGGGACGGUGGGAGCUCCCAGCUUUGCAUUUGAACCUGCGAAGAGCAGCUGUGCGUGGCGGGGGGAGAGAGCAAGCCGUCCUUUGCACCCCACGGGGCUUCCUUCGCGUUCCGGGAUUCCUUCCUCCUGGGGGGCCAGGCUCCCUGCCCUUUCUCUAGGGCAUCAGCCCACCCCUGCUCUCCCCUGCCUUUUGCCCAGUGCACGAGACUCGGCAGCCCCCGGAUCUUGCCCAGCUGGCCGAGGGCUUGGUGCAGGCAGGAGACCCCGAAAGGGCCCGGCCCCUGGCAUCACAACGCCUGGUCCGCCUGGGGGGGUUCCAAGAGGCAGAACGCAGGAGGGGCGUCUUGGGAGAAGCUGUGUUUUGAGGGUGGGGAGACAGUGAGUGUCGCUCGCUGCUGUGUCUCCCGUGUCUUGAGCCGAGACCACCUCCCUGCCCAUUCCAUGCCCACCUCAGGUUGAAGACGUACAAGGUGCCAAACUCGACGACGUUGCCAUGGGUGGGUGGGGUGUAGAGGAGCUGAGUUGAAGUUGUUUUGGGACUCCUGCAUGGCGGUUUCCCUGUAUUGGGGUUUUUUGUUAGGGGGUUCUUGGGGGUGGGGGGUCGAAAAUGCUGCCUUUGCAAUCACCUUGAAGCCCCUGCCGGUGGGGUGGGAGGGGGGUGGCGCAGGGGCGAUUUGCACCAUUUCACAAAGGAGAAAGGAAGCCUUGCUUCUGUGAAGGAUUUUGGUCUUUGAGGAGCAGGAGGAGGAGAGGGCAACUUCACCCUCCGAGCUGCCCCCGCGUUGCGUCUCCUCCCUCGUCCUGCUCCCGAGAGAUGAAGCAGAAAGGAGGAGAGGAGAGGGACAACCAUUGUAGACACUUGAAAAUAUUUAUAUUGAAGAAGAAAAAAGAUAGAAAGGACUGUACCAGAUACUUUCUCUGUCUUUUUUUUUUUUAAAAAAAGAAAAUUCUAUAAAUGUGUGUUUGGAAAUGG